CCAACCCCCCCUUACGGCCGCUGGAGACAGUACCCCCACCCGUCUGCCGACUUGAAUUCUCUGCCCUUCCUCGCGCCGCUUGAGAGGGAGAGACCAGCCGAGUUUGGUAUCCCUCCUCUUACCCCCGGCCGAACACCAGGGCCUGGAUGCGUGUGAAUGAGUGGGUGGGUGUGUAUGUGUGUACUGUUUUUCCCCGCCCCUUCGUCCUCCCGUACCCCACUUCUGAGCAUGCUCGCGUCCCCAAGCUACCCGUACAAGUACUAGCAAACCGGCUUCGUAGGAUCCCGUGUUUUCCGACCCUUCCCACCUUCCACUCUUUCCAGUGCGCGCGUCGUUAAGACUUCAGCCCCCAGCGGGCCACACCGCCGGGCUCUUGAGGCCUGCGCGGCUGGUCCCGACGCGCUAUACCCGCUGGGAGUGGUAGUUCCGCCCGAUGGCUGGCGUCACGGCCUUGGCCCAGCGCAGGGCGUAUUUCUGUCCGGAGCCUGCUCCUAUGCCUGGGUGGAGAAGUUGUUUCUCCGACCCAACGCCUCAUUGGAUAUCGCACUACUGGAAGGGGCGGCGCUGCCAUGACAGAAGGAAAUAAAAGUGAAAGCCUAUCGCGAUUAGAAGCGGUUAUUAUUACGAAGAAUUCGCAAUGGGUCCACCCUGCACAGGACGCUAAGCCAUAUGGUGGCCAGCAGCCGGGAAGCUAGAUUACCUAGAGUCCUGAGGCAUUGGAGGAAGCGGCCAGCGUGGGCCCUUCCAGCUCUAUUGUUUUCAGAUGAACGCUCAAAUUGCUCGGCGCUGUCUCCUUUGAUAGACUGAAAUGGAGGCCCAGAGAAGACACGAGACUGUCCAAGGUCACAGAGCUGAUAAAUAAAAAUUAAAACAGAGGGUGACAAAGAAUGAUCUAACUUUUCAGAUCAACCCAAACCAAUGCUCUUAUCGCCAUACCUUUCAUGGAAGCAAAAGUCCUGCCCCUUGUACUCUUUUUAAAAAUAAUUUUAAAAAAUCUUUAUUAUUAUUGAGAGACACACAGAGUGUGAGCAGGGGAGGGGCAGAGAGAAAGGGAGACAGAAUCCGAAGCAAGUUCCAGGCUCCAAGCAAGCUGUCAGCACAGAGCCCGACGUGGGGCUCAAACUCACAAACCGGGAGAUGGUGACCUGAGCCGAAAUCCCACACUUAACCAACUGAGCCACCCAGGCGCCCCCAUACUCUUUAUUUCUUAAUACGUUUCCAUGUCCAAGCAACGAGAAUGGAAGCUAAAAACAGUUUUGUUUUUCUUAGUAGUUCAGGACCCUAAUACAUUGUAAGAUGUGGCCCAUCGAUCCUAGAAACCCUGUUAUGAGUUCCAGAGAUGGCAAACAAUUUGGCCAAGUCACACAACCUAGACUCCAAAUCUCUCCUACCACUAUCACUUGUCAUUGUUUCAGUAGUUACACUCUACCUUCCCGAACUCGGAGGGGCAGAUUCUGCUGGCUGGGAAACCUAAAAGAAAGACCAUUCAGGCAUCCUACAGACUUCAAAAGCCAGCUUCCAGAGUUAAGAUUUAAAAUAAUAACCCAAGAUGGAAAGCCUGUCAUGGGAACCAGUUCAGCGCUGGUCAAGUUUCCACCCGGACUGUUCCCCAACCCGCCCCUUCUCAGGAAGUGGGGAGGGACUGUUACCACCCACGUGCCGGAAGUUGCCUUUUCCUGAAUACCUGGCUAUUCUCGUGGCUCAGCUUUAUUUACAUCUCCCGAUUCCAAGGUGGCAACAGCAUACUUCUGAUUCAGCCCCUCCACUUAGCUAUAAAAAUGAAUUAAUCAGAACUGCCUGGCAUUUUCCUGAGCAAGACUUUCAAUUGGACCCAGCAUGCUUCAUUUCAUCCAGAAGUUUUCUCAGGCAUCUUCAAAGAUGCUGAAGUACCCUUUCACAUUCCGACUAGGAGCCAGCAGAAUAGAAACACUUUCUCUCAAGACAUGUCUCCAGCAAAACUUUUCCCCUUUGUUGCCAGGGCCUUGGUUUUUCUCAUCAUUCCCAGUGUAUAUGAACAAGACACAAUACUAUCAUACUUCCCCAUGCAGCUUUAAGAAGCAGCAGAAGCAAGAAGUCCUUCCAACCAAGCCACCAGGCACCAUAAGUUUCCUGCUUGAAAGCCCAAAGCCAGUAUUAUACAUAAUUCUGGCAGGAGUAAUCCCCUUUGUUGCUCCACCACUGGUCAUGGUGAUGGCAAAGACUUAUAUCCCCUUAUUAGCUUUUACUCAGAUGGCUUAUGGAGCCAGUUUCCUAUCUUUCUUGGGAGGGAUCAAAUGGGGUUUUGCUCUGCCAGAAGAUAAUACAGCCAAACCAGACUUCCUCAGUUUAGCUAGUAGUACGCCUCCUCUUCUGUUUUCAUGGUUUGCCUUCCUUAUUUCUGAAAGACUCAGUGAAGCUAUAGUCACAGUAAUAAUAGGUUUGGGGAUAGCAUUACACAUUGAACUUUUUCUCCUGCCACAUUAUCCCAACUGGUUCAAAGUCCUUAAGAUAGUAGUCACUUUAGUGGCUUUGCUUUCAUUUGUAAUCACUUUACUAGUUAAAGAUAUUUAUCCAGAGAAAGGACUCAAGAAGCCUGGUCAAAUAGAAUAAAUAUAAAAACUACUUUGUAGAUAAUGUUAGCAUGUUGGCUACAAGCCUCAUAAAGUUGUGUUUUGGCAUCACCUUUUUCUUCUUCUCUUGUUUAGCUUUUGUUCCCCGUCAGUGGUUAUUUAUUCACAGAUUUUUUUUUUUUUUUCAUUUCUAGAAAUCUUUAUUUCCUAGGAAUUACUUGAUAAGAGUUUGAAAAUCCCUAACAAGUCAUUUUCACUUUAGGUUACAGCUUUCAGUGUGUAUGAAUUAUACAUAACAUUUUAAUGUUUUACUUGUUUUGAAAAACGUAAAAUGAAAAAAUAUAUAUAUAAAAUGAUAAAAAUGAAAAUCCUUUUUGCUAGAGCCUUAUGAUCAUUGAAAAAAGACACGCAUAUUCUCCCAUAAGAGGAAAACUCUGUAUCCAUGAGUGUCUGAAAAUAAUAGGUGGUUCCGUUGUGGGGUUGUCAUUGCAAUUGGCCCUGAGAAUUGCAUUUCCAAGCUCAUUUUAUCUGGUGUAAUCUAGUUAUAUGAGCUGAAAGGAUCUGUGGCUCUAAAAGUCAGUAGGGAGCAGUAUCAUAAGGGGAAAGCCAUAUUCAAAGAAAAGCUGGACACAUUUUCCAGUUUGUAUCCAAUUUUUAUAGACACAACCCCAUCUUCAAAUAUCAUCAGCUGGUCAGAAAAUUUUUAAAUAAAGUCACAAGUAUGUAUAAAUUAGGAAAAGUAAAGCUGGGUUACACAACUCAGAAGCUUUUUUAAAAACAGAAGCAACACCUUAGGUUCUAACUUGAAAACAGUCUCUUGAGAUUGUCUUCUAAAAAAAGGAAAAACAAUUUAAUUGGCAGAAGACUAUAAAUCAGUAGGAGCACAUGGGUGACUCCGUUGGUUAGGUGUCUGACUGAAUCUCAGCUCAGGUUAUGAUCUCAUGGUUUGUGAGUUUGAGCCCCACAUCAGGCUCUGCUGGCAGUGCAGAGCCUGCAAGUGAUUCUCCCUGUUUCUCUGCCUCUCCCCUGCUUGCUCACUCUCUCAAA